UUCAGAAAGGAAAAUAGAAGAAUCUAUGAGGGGUAAAGAUGAAACUGAGAAACAGAAAUUAAAACUACAACAGGUGAAGAUCGUUGAAAAACUAGUGCAAUUACUGCCAGAUAAUGCGGAGGUACAGAUGAAGCUAGGUAGUCAAUAUGCUGACAUUCGGGAGUAUGAGAAGGCCAGACAUCACACCAGACAAGCUAUCAAACUAGAUAAACAUUUUGUUAUUGCAGUUUUAAAUCUAGCAGGCAUGGAAUUUAAGAUAGGUAAUUUGGAAGAAGCUGAUCGGUUGUACAAGCAUGCAAAAGAGAUGAAUCCGAACCUCUGGGAUGUUUACGCUCAAUAUGGUGACUUCCUGGUCAAUACAGGACGUGCACGAGAUGCCGUACAUAUAUACAGAAAGGGUACUGAAUUAGAGCCAGACACUCUACCAUUCUGGCAGCAGUUAAGGUAUGCACAGCAGAUGUCUGGUGAUUCAGAGGGGGCCAAGGAAACUGGGAAAGUUAUAGACAAAAUGAGGAAAAAACCUAGAUAGCUGAAGAUACAAAAACAUUAAACUACUUAGAUUAAAUGGUUAUGACAGGUGCUUAAGUGUUCCAAGUUAGAAGACAUUUAUACAUUGAAGCAUUAAACAAAUUUUAAACAAAAAUAAAAUGUUUUUUUUUUUGGACAGAGGUAGACAGAUUGACAAGUUCAAUGAUAUGUUAAAUUUGGUGUAAAAGUAUACAAACAGAAACCGAAAAAUAAACAAACAGACAAAUGUUUGAUAUGUGCUUAGGAAAUUGACUGAUUGUUGCAAAAUGGUCUCAUUGUAAAUUGUCACAAAAGCAUAAUUGUGUAUUCAAAGAAACAACUUUAGUAAUGUUGAUGUCAUAAAGCGGUUCAGUCAUUGCCUCAAAUGAUAUAAAUAAAAUAGCUCCUGUCUAUAAAUAUGCAUUGAAAUGUGAUCUGCAAACUGAAAUGUUAAAAUUGAAAAUUUUCAUAAGAUUUCCUAAAAUAAGAAAUCCAAAUAUAAAUUUGUUAUUCCGGUACAAUAUGUUAAAAAUGUCUCAUUUUUACUAGUAGCUCACCUGAGCACAAAGUUCUCAGAGGUGAACUUUUGUGAUGACAGUGUGUCUGCAGUCCAUCAUUGGGCAUAUGUUUGUUAUCCACAAUUUCUUUAAACAACAUCUUUACCUAAACAAGUAAACUACAUGGUUGAUUUUGACCAAACUUCAUAGGAAUGAUCCUUAGGUGGCCUUCAGACACUAUAUAAAUGGUUCCAGUUUGAUGUAUAAGUAGGUCAGAGGAGCUAAAAAUAGACUUCUAAAACUUUGAAAAUUGAAAUCUUUAAAAAAUCUUCUUCUCAGAAACUACAAUGCCCAGAGCUUAAAUGCUUAGAUUGAAGAAUCACCUGGUGGUCUUCUAAAAAAAAGGUUUCAUAAAUCAUGUCUCAGGGGUCACAGUAAAACACAUUGAUCUCAGCUUGUGUUAGAUUACAUUACUGAGAGCAUUUUAUAGCUUACAUCUACAAAUAUUGAUAUAAAAAAUAUGCAGAUUAUGUUAAAAAAAAUGACAUAUCCUGUGGAACAUCAUUACUGAGAAAUUACAUUGUCAAUAUUUCUAGAAACUUGUCAUGAAGAAUUUCAUAGCAGACAUUAAAUCUUACAAAUAUUUUAAGAAUCAUACAGACUGGAUAAAAAUUUGGCAAUCCAUAGAUGUGACCUCAUUUCUGUCUUUAACAUUGAAAAAU